AGAAGAAGAAGAAGAAGAAGAAUAGAGAGCUCACAAUGGCUUUCUCGCUGACUUCGAAGCAAAUCGAGCUUCGCGGCUCGUGGCUCGUGGCCUCGGUGCGAAAACCUGAAGAUGGCUCUUGGACCUUCUCCAGACUCAACCUCAACGAACACAUUGGCAACAAUAAUGGCACCUUCGAUAUCACCAUGGACCGUUGGCUCAAUUCCGCUCAGGAAUGGUCGGUCCACCUUCGCGGCCCAUACCUGUAUGCUCGACUGCGAACUAUAUCUGGCGCAUAUGCCGAGGAGUCGUGCAUCAAUCUAGAUCUGUUCGUCAGGAAUCGGGACGGCAUCCUCGAGUUCCAGAAUCUCGGCGAUUCCCUUCUACUCUACACCGCGGGCUUGACGCUCGAUAACGCCAUCCUGCGGGGCCUGGUCGUCGGCAGGGAUGGCAAGUUCCACACGUCGGAGAUCGAUCUCGACGAGUACUACGGCAACAUCGGCGGCAAGUUCGAGGUCGACGAGAAACAUUACUCGCGAUCUGGUCGCAACUUUAGCCUCAAGCGGGACUCGAAUAGCCUCAGACUCAUUGGCGAACUCCAGGACUACGAAGGUGUCCAUCACCCGGCCGAGGUAGACCUCAGCGCCUGCGUCGUGAACCGGAAGGGACGCCUAAGCUUUUCCAAGCCUGCCGACUCCAUCGAGAGAGAACAUUGGACGAGCGCUAUCGCUGAACAAGUCCCAGUCUUCGGACCCGCCGUCGCCGGUUUACAUCGUUCUUACGAUGAGAGCCGAACUGAGAACCAGUGCUAUUAUGAAAUAGCAACUAGCACAAAUUCGGCAUCCUUCACAAUUGGUAUUGCUAUUGGCGCUUUCAUCGGACGCGCCUGUGAAAGCCCAAUUAUCGGAACAGUCCUCGGGGCUGUACUCAGCAACACUGCCGAUGUUUUCGUCGAGGACCAGAUCGUCAAUGCGAUCGAAGAUCCCCACGCUCGAAGCCAGAUCCAAGAGGCCAAGCUGGGAAGCUUUGUCUCCGAGGCUCUCCGCAACCUAAUUGCUACGGAGCAGACUGCUGCCGCUGCUGAAUUCCUCAGCGCUUCUUUCAACCCCGAGAUCGAUGUGUGGAAGAAGGGACUCACGGCCUGGCUCGAGAAGCAAAACUUGACCCUCCUCGCUGACCUUUCCCUAUUCGCCACCAUGAAGAAGGUUUUCAAGCAACUACAAGGCGAAACUAUCGAGGAAUGGCAAAACACGCUCCUAGAGAUGGAGAGCCUGAAGCAGCGUGCCCAGACUCUAGAACUUAAGCCAGAAGACCCCCCUGUGGUUGUAGUGGAAGAACCCGAGGCAGUUGAGCCCGAGGCCAUCGAGGCUCCCGAGACGGCAACCGAGGCCGAAGCAUCAAAUGAAGCCGAAGCGAGCAAGACCGACGGAGCUAGCGAGCUCGACGUAACCGACAAGGCCCCAGAAACGAACGGAGCCGAAGAACCAGCCGGAGCUGCUGAGCCCGCAACCGAGGCCACGACAACUGAAGCCGCGAAGGCCACUCCCGCACCCGAGACCUCAAACACAGCAAGUAGCUCCACGCGCGCCAGCUCCGACAAAUCGGUUCUCAAGGAUGCUUCCAAGAACGUGUCCAAGACCAACAUCCCCAGCUCUACCAACCCGAACGUGUCGACCAAGCGCUGGCACAGCGUCAUCGGCAUCCCGGUCUGGCGUAAGAGCUGGUCUCGGCCGCGCCAGCAGCGCGUCGUAUGACUAGAUGAUCCCUUCACGAACGAGGGGUAUCGACACUACACCUACGACGCAUAUUAGUUAGCUAGUUAGGCACUUGCCUAAACUACCGACUCGGUUUGAUUUGAUGAUACGAGACCACACGCGACACAGACACGAAGGCACGCAAAGGCCCGCAGGCAGGGAAAGAAACGAAACGAAACGAAACGAAACGGGAAACUUUCGAAUAGUCAUGCAUGCAUAUAUGGAAAAUAUAUAUAACGGACACAAACACAAACACAUCAAAUACCACGUCCUCCAAGAUUGAGGCUCAGCGCGGGGACUUACAAACAAGCAAACAAAUAAACCAUCAAACAUUUUUGGCUGGCUGGCGUUAUUACCAUUACUGUCGUUUCAUCUACUACCAUUCAUCUGUAAGAAUACUAGGGCACAGGGAAAUGCGGCACAAACCACAAUUACCACAACAACAUCAUCCAGAGAGAGUGAGAGUUAUAACGGUCUUGUUUUGAUUUCAUACCAUUUACCAAAUUAGGUACCUAUCUAUCUAGGUUAGAGGGAGUUGCACGCGUCCGCCGAACCAACACGGCCGAAACAAAAACUCCAAAUUCUGCAAAGAAUAGUCAUUUUCGAGUUUAGCUGGAUUAUGCGAGGGAGGGAGGUGUCCGGGGAGGGAUGGGGAAACAGUAGUUUAGCUUUUUAUUUUAUACACACAUCAGUCG